AUGGCCUCCUCAGAAGCGCAUACCCCUGUUGUUACCCGAGAGGAUGGCACCCCGCCAUCUCCCCAGGGAUCGUCUCUUUAUGGCAGCCUCAAAUUAUCUGGUAACCAGAUUAGGCUGCUGACAAUCACGUCGACCACGGGAAUGGUAUCGUGCGAAAUGGAUGUCGCCGAGCUUCAUGAUCAACUAGCAUUCAAUGCACUAUCCUAUGUCUGGGGCGAUCCUGAAAACACCGAGGAUAUUCUUGUUAACGGACAAAAACACCCAGUAACAACAUCUUUGGCCUCCGCUUUGAGAUGCGUCCCGCAGCACCUCAGUCAAUCGGAACACGCGGCCGGACAGAAAUUAUGGGUGGAUGCCAUCUGCAUUAAUCAAAUUGAUGAUGCUGAGAAGAGCCACCAAGUUGCCAAGAUGGGAGAAAUCUACUCACAAAGCGGUCUUGUUCUCUGUUGGCUGGGACCUCUGACUGAUUCGAUAGGUGCUGCCAUCGACGUUAUAGAAAUCACAGCCUUUGAGCGGUAUACUCGUUGUGCGAAUGUGGAAGAUUGCAACAAUCACCAAAAGUUGAGAGACUGUAUUGCACAGUUACAUGAUCGCUUGGAAAGGUUCAAGGAAGUCAAGGAUAUGAAGCAACUUUCAGUCGCUGAUACGACAUCCGCAACACCCAGGCAAGCUGGGUAUAUCGAGAUUUAUGAGCUCGCGAACGCACUUGAACACGCGACUACGGUCACUGGACGGGUGCUGCAAGGCCCAUAUGGUUCGGAACUCGAGUUUUGCAAAAACAAUCUGAUAGGCCUAUGUCGGGAAGUCAGAGAUUGGCAGGAUCGGCUUCAAAGACAGGCCAGCAAGCUCGAUGCCAAUGUGACAAAAGGCUCCCACCACGUGGGUUUUCUAUCGGAAUUGGUGUCUUCCAGGAUUCACUGGUUCCAACAGAUAGUUGAAGACUUAAAAUUUCAAGUGAUUUGCGAUGAGGUUUACGGUCAUUUAUUAUGGCUUAAGGAGUACCCUUCGCUCUGCGUAGUGGAGGAAAUAGUAGGGCAAUGUCAUCGGGGUCCCGCUCAACCACUUUUUGACCUUCCGUACUGGAGCCGCAUAUGGAUACGACAAGAAAUCAUUCUCGCCAAACAAGCAGUUUUUAUUUGUGGAUCCCGAUCAUUUUCACUUCAGACGUUGGAAUACUUUUCAGCCUGGUUGGGAUGGAUGUUGAGUCCAUCAAACUCUCGUUGGUGCCAGAAAGAAAAGCUUUUCAAGUUGCUAUUGGCAUACCAACAAAAUUGGAAGCUUCUACACCACAUAUUCGAAGGACGUCGAGAUCAAGGACUUUCUGUUGGCAAUUGGCUGGGCCAAAAUCAGUUCAAGACCAAUGUCUGGUGCCACUCAUCAGAUGCUCGUGCGACCAACCCCAAGGAUUAUUAUUACGGCUUUCUUGGUAUCACAAAGCUCAAGAUUGUCCCUGAUUAUAGUUCAAGCAAGUCCAUUGGAUCUGUCAGCAGGGAAUUCAUGGCGGAGUAUCUCAAAGUCUACCGUGACCAACCAUUGUCCAACGAUCUCCUUGGAGGGCCUCUAGGCCUUCUCAUGUUUGCAGGAGUUGGUUAUGGCUGGAAAGCUGACCUUGAUAUGCUGUCAUGGGGUCCAAACUUCCCUGGAGAGGCAGAAUCAGAACCAUCUACUAGAGGUGCUGCAGACGCAGUGGCUUUUCCAGGCAACAGUAAUAUUGAGAGUAUUUUUGAAAAAGAACCUCACGAAAGAAUAACCGGUCCCGACAUGGAGGUCACAUUGUAUAUUCUGGAUCGCAUCAAAAUGAUAGGUCCCAGAGUUUCUGACUACGGAAGACUAGAGCUUCGCCAUUCAGAAGGCUUGCCAAUAACCUGGGCCUUGGACUUUGCUCUACGCCAUGAGAGCUACACUUCAUGCGGCCACCCAUUGACUGCUUUGCGUCAUCUUCUCGAGCCAUUUGCGGUUUCCAAGAGCAAAGAGACUGAUUUCCCUAUUGAAAACGGCCUGGAUUUUCUGAAGUUUUUGGCUCGUUUCCGUCGUCCAUUCCAGAAGGGAAAGCAGUGCUCUAGAGCUAUGUUGGCCCGUUUUUGUUACGUGGAAAAUUUUCUUGCACAAGUCCCCGUAAGUGUUCCUUCUCUCACUUUGUACCCUCACCUAAUUGUCAAGGAUCCCGACGACGACGAAGACGAGGACCAAUGCAUGAAGGAAUAUCACUACAUUGAGCUUCUCGGCGCAAAGUGUAAGCCCUAUAACCACGCCAUAGCUGAGACGAAGAAGGGCUAUAUUGGGAGGUUUCCCCCGAGGGUAGAGGAGGGCGAUUUGGUUUGUCUACUCAACGGCCUCAACCAAGUAGCCGUUCUGCGGGAAGUUGGUAAGCGUUAUCAGUUUGUCGGAACGUGUUUCGUCGCGGGGUUAACAGAAGUCAAACCAAUUAAGUCAUUAAUUAAUCUCUAUGGCCUGAAGGCCAAGAGGGUGACUUUGAGGUAA